GACAGUCGGACUAAUGGGAUGUCGAACCAAUGGGCUCUCGGACCAAUGACAUGGACCCCAAAUCAGCAGCCAACACUUGCAUUAACAGUGUGUGAGCUGACUGCAUUGUUGACAUCAAAAUCAAAACAAACAUUCAAAUAAUUGAAUGGAAAAUGGAAUGAUUUGAACUAAUGAUAAUAGAGAAAAACUAAGAUUUUUAUUUCGGAACAGUUAGAUUGUAUUUUGGCAUGGUUCAGGGUGAUUGGUGGGGAAGUUAGCAUCUAUGAUUCUGUUCUCACAGAAACUACAGGGCCUUGCCGUAAUGCUGCCAUCAGCCUGUCAGUGGCCCCUGUCAAAAAGACACUUAGCCGCCGGCCCCUGUCAAACGAUACUAGGCUUUAUGACUUUUCUGGGGGAAACCCUGUAUCCAAUAUUUUAUACCAACGUGAAUCAAAUAACUAUGUGUAAAAGAAGUGGGGACAAAAGGAAAUAUUCGGCAGCUAUCAGGGCCUUUUAGCCUCUGUUAGAAUAUUGAUUUGGUUUUACAGCUCAUUUGGUAGGGUGGGGGGUCUGAUUCUGGACCGCUCUGACUCACUGCCAGGUCAGCAAACCUUCUGUUGUUCUGUUGCUGCCGUGCCGUUACACAGGUGACCCAGAGCUACAGCUGGCCAAUAGCCCACUGUGACCCCAGCGCUGGGGUUUGUGCUGGCUGAAAUGGAGUCACUACAGCACUAAGGACUGAAGGUCAAAGUGGCGGGGAGUGAGGUAGAGGGAGGUAGCAAGGUGGCCUACUGUAGCCAUGAGGGGGCCCCAUUCUCUGGGCUGUUUGGGUCCAAAUGUUUACCCAGAGGUGCCUGAUGGUGGCUGGGGCUGGGCUGUGGCCGCGACCUUCUUCUUGGUGGAGGUCUGCACCUAUGGGACCCUCAAGAGCCUGGGCGUCUUCCUUCAGGAUCUGAUGGAAGAGUUCGGGGAGAGCAACAGCCGAGUGUCAUGGGUCAUCUCCAUCUGUGUCUUCAUCUUUACCUUCACUGCCCCCCUGUCCACGAUGCUGAGCAACCGCUUUGGCUAUCGUCCUGUGGUGAUGAUGGGAGGCUUCCUUAUCAGCCUGGGAACCAUCACCUCUGCCUUCGUCAGCUCCAUCAAUGAGAUGUACAUCACCAUCGGUAUUGUCUCAGGCCUCGGCUACUGCCUCAGCUUCCUUCCCACCGUCACCAUCCUAGCCCAGUACUUCUCCAGGCGGCGAGCACUUGUCACCUCCGUUGCUUCAUCUGGCGAAUCCUUCGCCAUAUUCAUGUUUGCUCCUGCCCUCACUAAACUGAAACAACACAUUGGCUGGCGCUACUGUCUGGUUGUCCUCGGCAUCUUUCAGGCUUUGGUGAUUGGCUGUGGGCUUCUCCUUCGUCCAAUCAUUAUUGAGCCGGAGCCUGGAAAGGAGGAUGGUGAAUCAGACAAAGAAUCUCUCUCUCUAAAGCAGCUUGAGGCUGUUUACGAGCUGGAGAAUGAACAAACCAGGACCUCCAUCAGUUCAGGAAUCUCCCAGGGUUCAGAGGACUCAGGUGUCACCUCCCUUUCUGCUUCAAACGUAGACCUGAGGACUGCAGGAGCUGGGGAGGUGCAGGACACAGGGGACAAAGAGCUGUCACUGUCUUCACCCCCCACCCCUGUCAAGGAGGAUAAGAGCGAACUGGCAGAAGUAGAGGUAAUGGUAGAGGCAGGUGCUCUCCAUCCUUCUAGCCCCAAACUUCUGGACUUCUCUGUGCUUAAAGAUGGUGCCUUCAUCUGGUACUCCCUCUUUGGCUUGUUCGCCACGCUGGGCUUCUUUGCCCCACAGCUCUACAUCAUCGAACUGAGCAAGAGCCGGGGUGUGGAACCCAGCAUGGCCUCCUGCACGCUCUCCGUGAUGGCUGUGGCCGAGAUCUUUGGCCGUUUGUCCAUUGGGGUGGUGUUGAACAAAGUCCGCUGCAAGAAGACCCUGGUGCUACUGGGCUGUGUGAUUCUGCUGUGCCUGGUGCUGGUGGCCUUCACUAUUGUGUGGGAGUUCUGGGGCCUAGUAGUCUGCUGCGCCCUUUAUGGCUACUUCAUGGGCACCGUCGGCUCCACUCACAUCCCAAUGCUGGCUGAGGAGGACGUGGUGGGUAUCCACAAGAUGGCAUCAUCUGUGGGAGUGUAUGUCUGUAUCCAGAGCUUUGCUGGGCUGGCAGGGCCGCCACUAGGAGGUGUGUUGGUGGAUGUCACACAGAAUUACGGUGCUGCCUUCUAUUCCUGUGCGGUGGGAAUGGGCCUCAGUGCUAUUUGCCUGGCUCUAGUCGGCCCAGCCAAGUCUGCCAUGUGUCAAAGACAGAGCAGAAACAAAGAGGAAGGCAUGAGCAGAGAGGUGGAGAAAAUAUCUCAGGACAGUGAACAAGCAGACUUUUUGGAGGUGGACUUGGCCCUGGAGGACAGUCCUGUCAGAAAGGCUGUUGAUCAGGAUAAUGCCUCUGUAAUAUGA